AUGGCGUCUGAACCUGAGCCUGAUGAGCAGCCCACUACCACCACCACCACCACUGCUGCUGCUGCUCAUGGGGUGGUGGAGCUGGCACAGGAGAUCGAUUUUGUCACGCUUGGAAUGUUCAUAAUCGAUGACAUUGAAUACCGCCCACCUCGUCCCGCAGAAAGGGACGUUCUCGGAGGCGCAGGCUCAUACGCCGCACUAGGUGCCCGCCUGUUCUCACCAGCCCCGACCGAAUCCCAAACAGUCGGCUGGGUCGUCGACAAGGGCUCAGAUUUUCCGCCCUCCGUCUCCACCCUCAUCGACUCCUGGACGACCUCAGCACUGGUCCGACACGACCUGGACCGCCUCACCACUAGGGGCUGGAAUGGCUAUGUGGACGACAAAGAGACCCGCGCCUUCAAGUACACCACACCCAAGAAGCGCCUCGUUGCGUCCGACCUCUCCGGUACCCCGCUCCUGCAGGCCAAGGCCUUCCACAUCAUCUGCAGCCCCUCGCGGUGCCGUGAGCUCGUCACGGAGCUUCUCACCCUGCGCAAGGAACAGGCACCACCCGAAGAACCCGAGAGCCCAGAGGGUGAGGCCGAAGGCGGCGGCGGCGGUGGGUACACGCGCCCCACCAUCAUCUGGGAGCCUGUGCCCGAUCUGUGCACGCCCGAGGAGCUGCUGAACCUGACCAACUGCCUCCCACUUGUCGACGUGUGCAGCCCCAAUCACUCCGAGCUCGCUUCCUUCAUGGGCGAUACAGCCGUCGAUCCGGACACAGGCGAAAUCAGCACCGCCGCCGUCGAGAGGGCCUGUGAGCAGCUCCUUGGGAGUAUGCCGCUGUCCAGCUUUACCCUUGUCAUCCGCGCCGGCGAGAAGGGCUGCUACCUCGCCAAGAACGGCGGCCGGCGCAAGACCCCAGCCAAGGAGGGGAAAGGUGGUGCUGGCAACGGCCGGCGGAGGCGGCGGAAGGAGAUUGGACAUCACGGUGGAUUACAGCCCGACACCGACAUGAUGAGCCUGUUUGCAGGCUUGCUGCAGCAGUCCCCUUCUGGCCCUGGUGAUGGCGAGGGCGAGGGCGAGGGCGGCGGCGGCGAGACGUACAGCUUCAUACACGAGGAAGACAACGAGGUCGAAAUCGACCCGGGCCUGGACCGGUGGAUUCCGGCAUACUGGACCAAGGAGCUCGCCGAGAAGGUCGUCGAUCCUACGGGGGGAGGGAACACGUUCCUCGGAGGGUUAGCCGUCGCGCUCGCCAGAGGGAAAAGUCUCGAGGAGGCUGCGUGCUGGGGCACCGUCGCGGCAAGUUUCGCCAUUGAACAGGUUGGUGUGCCUUCGCUGGGCAAGACCGAAGAGGGCGAGGAGACGUGGAAUGACGUCCAGGUAGAGGCCAGGUUGAGAGAGCUUCAUGAGAGGAUUGGAUGGACUGAGGACUAA